CUUUGAGUGUGUUUCAUUCAGAAGCAAUGGCUAUUCCUGAAGCAAAGCAACAGGCCGAGCCAAAAACACAUCCACUGCCUGUGAGAUCUGUGACGGUGCUGAUGCCUUUGGUGGAGACUGCUCAGGCCUGGUUCCAAAGAUCUUGCCGAAAGAGAGCCCUGGCUGGAAUUCCAAAAGACUCCUCUUCCGCAGCAUGGGCUUUUUUCCGUUCGGGUGGAACAGGAAUAGCCUUCCUGGAUACCCUUCUGCGACGCCAAGGGGGCUCAGAUCAGCUGCCAAUAAUCGACAUACGUGGUGAUUUUGGCAAAACGUGGACGGUGGUUUCGCUUGCGGCGCGUUUUGUCGUUGCCACAAGACCGUCGCAGUUUCCCACUGCUGUCGGGGAUCACUCGUCCCUUCCCCAGGUCAUUGUUAUGGACACCACCCAUGACGUAACAACAUCCAAAGUCGCCUUAUCAGUUCGCUCUACGCUGCUGCGACAGUUUGGCUCGGCUGUGGAGGAUAGCUUCGAAAUGGACAUGAUUUCCUGUCUUGGUCGUAUUCACGUUGCUACUGCGGACGAUGCAUUUGGAUGGGUACCCAUUCUCGAAACUCUUCGCUACAAGUUAGCCCCACUUUCCGCCGAAGGUCCCACACUGAUACUAUGGGACGGUUUUCUAAGUGAUGCUGAGCACGAUGAGGCGAAUCGCAUGGAAAUCAUUCGGCAAUUGGGGCGUUUGGUGGAGGAUUGUUCAGUGGUUCUGGUCACCGCGUCUACAGGAUAUCGACACAAGCAUGAAUGGAACAAAUACGUGACCCAUCACAUUCGUCUGGAUCGCAACGAGUCGAACGGAACUGGACACGAGUUCUUGGCAACUAUACACGGAUCCCAAAUACCGUUUUCGCUCUCCGCGGCGGGGAUCUUGUCUUAGCAAAGGCAGAGUUCCGCAAUACUAGACAUUUUUGAAUCGGAGGAUUUCCAUGGCUCCAAACUACGCAUAACUUGUUCAAAUAGAAACAACGUAUGUGACUG